AUUUAAAACUAAUUCUGAAUUCAUAUUUGAUAGUGAUAUUUAGUAUUGAUUUUAUUAAUAUUUGCAAGAUUUAUUAGGUACAAAAUUCCGCAUCCGUAAGGGCACCGCUUUUCACAGAACCUGAAAGGCGCGGAAUAGGGCCUAAUAGUUGUAGAUAUUGGCAAAAUGUCUGAAGAUAAGAAGGUAGGAGACGUGAAGGGUUCGGAGACUGAACACAUCAAUCUGAAGGUUCUUGGACAAGACAAUGCAAUUGUCCAAUUCAAGAUCAAGAAACAUACUCCGUUGAGAAAAUUGAUGACCGCUUAUUGUGAUAGGGUGGGUAUUGCCAUGGCCACCAUGAGGUUUCGUUUUGAUGGACAACCCAUCAAUGAGACUGAUACACCCAUAAGCUUGGAGAUGGAAGAAGGUGACACCAUUGAGGUGUACCAGCAGCAGACUGGGGGAAGACGACCAUACAUCACCUGCUGAAAUAGGAGUCUGAUUUCCAAGCAGUUUUACAGUGCUCCCAUGUUGAGCGUGAGGACUCAUCGUGCAGAUUCCUUGAUCAGGUUGCAUUCGUUACUGGGAUUAAAAGUUCAUAUGUAAAUACUGAUGAAUGCCAUUUUGAUGAAGACAGAAAAGGAAAUGUGGUUAGGCUGUGGGAACUGUUUCAGGAGGUAUUACUGUAUUGUUUCUGGUUGUAACAUUACCCAUGUCAUGUAAUUUGGAGUAUCGUGUGAUUGUGAGUAUGUGUAUGUGAUUCCGCUGUAAUGUUGAAUGUAUUAGUGUAACAUUUAUGUUUAUCUGAAGAGCCUCGACCGUCGUUAUAAUUGGUGGGCAUUUUCUCUUUUUUCCAGAUUAACAUUUAAUAGGAUUCGCCAUUUAAACCAUGCUCGUUAAGUCUCUAGGUUUCACAUCUGCUUUGACUUGGAAUUACUAUUUAUGCCAGUUCUGUAAAGCAGGGAUGAAGAUUAUGUUUAUUGUUUUGAAAUUGAGGGUGUCAUUGUCGGAACAUUCCACCAUUAUUAAUUUAUAACAUAUUAACGCUUCGCUCCUACCAACAGUUUACUUUAUAAAGUACGAAGGUAAUACAGUUGCAAGUGUACUUAUAGAAAGCUUAUGGAAUUUAAAAUUUGUAUUAUGCCACUUAAAUUUAAAUGCAUAAUAAUUCUUAUCUGAUAUUGAUAUAAGUGUACUGAGCAAUUGUAAUGGGGUUUUUGGGGUCUACACAUUCUGGGAGAAUCAAAAUUGUAUGUGGCCAUACGUGUUGGUAGAACUGAAUCAAAAUAAUGGUGCCAUUGUUCAGCAGUCACUGGAAAACGUGACACCCACUUAUGAUACAGUACAGAAAUGGUAGGGAACAGCUGUUUGUACAUAAAUCAGUAAACUCCUGCUCUCCAAUGGGUAGGUUGGUAAUGACCGACGAGAAGGAGUUGUUACAUCCUGUUUCUACACAUAUCAGAACAUUAGAUGCUCUGUACACUCAAAUGGGCAGUGACUUUUGUGCCACCCUGUUCUUCAGCAAUGAGUGAAAAGUCAGAGGUCUCUGCUUUUUGAUUUAUUGCCAGAUCAUUUCAUUCCUCUGCUGUCUUCCAGUACCUCACAGAACCGUCUUCUUGUGGGUCAUUGCAUAGAUCUCUUUGUUGAAGGGGUUUACGGCGAUAGGGAAGCAGUUGUGCGGAUGCUGUGCACAGACGCCACUCUUUUUUAUGAUCUGAAGGGAAAGCCAUGACUGCUUACAGUAAUUUUCUAAUGGUACUAAAUAGAGGAGCUCAUGAUCAGUGUUUUCGGUAAGGAGGAUACCUGCCGGACCAUACCUAGAUAUUUUCCAGAACUAGGUCAGUGAAUAGAGAGCUUAGGAAACCUAUUAACUAAUGUAGUUUCAGAUUCAUGGUGCUUAGCUGACAUUCAUACCUUUACACUUUGCAAUAUUCCUCAAGAUAGCUAUAUCUCAACUUUUUAGAUUUGGCCAGUUU